AUGGAUUGUAAUGCAAUAAUGAAAUUAACUGUUGGUGUUAUAGAUGCAGUGAACACCCCAAGACAUUUGAAGAAAAAGCUUCUUGUUCUUGAUGUAAAUGGCUUGCUUGCGUGUAUAACUCAGUCCCCGCCUAAGAAUCUCAAGCCAGAUAAUUUCAUUAGACAUCAAGCAAUAUUGAAGAGGCCUUUUUAUGUUGAGUUUCUAAAGUUCUGCUUCGUGCACUUUGAAGUUGGUAUAUGGACCUCAAGAAACCAGAAAAAUACUGAGGAGGUCAUUGAAUAUUUGAUGCCAAAUAUGAAGAACAAGUUGCUUUUUUGCUGGGAUGGUUCCUAUUGUACUGCCACCCAUUUCAUGACCCUAGAAAAUGAAAAAAAGCCAGUGGUUUUUAAGGAUUUGAGAAAAAUUUGGGAGCAUUGUGAUCCUAAUCUUCCAUGGGAGAAAUGA